AUGGACAACUCCAUCGCCUUGCAAGGCGAACAGACGAAUAGCACUCAAUCACAACACGCUUUGGAACCGCUCAGUAUCGACGAAACUGCACAUGAGUUUGAGUUGACAGGACUCAACCUGAUCACUGUAAUUUCAGGAUUGAUACUCGCAAUCUUCCUGGUCUCGCUUGACUCGGCCAUUGUCGCUACCGCUGUCCCAUAUGUGACAGCCGAAUUCAAGUCCACUUGCGACACUGCUUGGUAUGGCAGCGCGUAUACUCUUGCUACAUGCGCCCUCCAACCUAUCGCUGGAAAAUUAUACGCAAAGUUUCCUAUCAAGACCAUGUUUCUUGCCUUCAUGGCGCUGUUCGAGAUCGGAUCUCUGGUCUGUGCGACGGCACCAAACGCUGUGGGAUUGAUUGUUGGAAGAGCGAUUGCAGGUGCUGGAGCUGCUGGAUGCACGACUGGCGGAUUCUCGAUUGUCGCAAUCUCUGUACGACUUCCCAGACGGACAACCUACAUCAGCGUGCUACAGUCAACCUUCGGCAUCGGCAUCAUGCUUGGCCCACUUUUGGGCGGAGUCUUGACAGAACGUGCUUCUUGGAGAUGGUGCUUCUACAUCAAUCUGCCGAUCGGCGCCAUCACAGUCCUCUUCCUUUUCUUCUUUUUCAACCCACCAAAGCAGGAUCUGAACACCACACCAGCCCGCAAGAUGGCAGCCUUGGACUUGAUCGGUCUAUUUUUGUUCGCUCCGGCCACCGUCAUGAUGCUUCUUGCGCUUCAAUGGGGCGGUUUGGAGUAUGCUUGGGGUAGCGCGACUAUCAUCGGACUCUUUGCCGGAGCGGUGGUCCUCACAUGCAUCUUUGCUCUUUGGCAAGUUCGAAAGGGCGACGACGCUAUGAUCCCACCGAGGCUCUUUACUCAGCGUGUGGUAUUUUUUGCUUGCCUCACAGAGCUCUUUGCCAUGGGUACCGUCUACAUCGCAAUCUUCUAUCUUCCUCAGUGGUUCCAGAUCGUCAAGGGUGUCACUCCUAUCAAGUCUGGUGUCAUGUAUCUGCCUUUGUCCAUGUCAGAUGUCGCUUCCGCGUUGGUGGUCGGCAUACUGCUGCCAUAUGUCGGUCUGACCAAUCCAUUCAUCCUGGCAGGCACGACUUUGCUUGCUGUUGGAUCAGGGCUCUUGUCAACCCUCACCACAUCCUCAGGUCUCAAAUACUGGGUUCCUUAUCAAAUACUUCCCGGUCUGGGCGCUGGUAUCACACUUUGGAUGCCUUAUGUUGCGAUCCAGACUGUACUGAAAGCCGAAGACAUCCCCGUCGCCACAGCUCUUUUACAAUUCUUCCAAUCCUUUGGCGCAGCAUUGUUCUUGGCUUUAGGCCAAGCGGUCUUCUCGAGUGUCUUCGCCACUGCUUUGAAGUCCUCUAAUGUUCCCGGACUGGAUGUUUCAGCUAUAGUUCAUGCCGCUCCUGCAGAUCUCCGGCGGCUCGUGCCAGAGGAGAGUCUGAGUCAUGUGCUGGAUGCUUAUAACCAAGGUGUGACAAGUACGUUCUAUCUGGGAGCGGGAUUGGCGGCGGCUGCUUGUUUCGCGAGCUUUGGCUUACAGUGGAAGAAUUUCAAGCCGAAGAGCGACUAG